GGGACGCAGCGACGGGCGGAAGCUUCGCGCGCAUGCGUGCUACGCGCUCGCCUGCCAAAAUGGCGCCUGUGGACCACGUCGUGGCGGACGCCGGGGCGUUCCUGCGGGACGCGGCUCUGCAGGACAUCGGGAAGAACAUCUACACCAUCCGCGAGGUAGUCACCGAGAUCCGGGACAAGGCCACGCGCCGGCGGCUCGCAGUGCUGCCCUACGAGCUGCGGUUCAAGGAGCCCUUCCCGGAGUACGUGCGCCUGGUGACUGAGUUUUCAAAGAAAACCGGAGACUACCCCAGCCUCUCUGCCACGGAUAUCCAGGUGCUGGCGCUCACUUACCAGCUGGAAGCAGAGUUUGUUGGGGUGUCUCACCUAAAGCAAGAACCGGAAAAGGCUAAAGUGAGCUCCUCAAUUCGGCACCCAGAAGCUCCUGUCAACAUUUUGGGGUUCCACCUGCCUUCUAAGCCCAAAUGCCCACAAGACACUGUGGAUCGUGGACACCAAGCCAGCGAGCCAGAGGACCUGGAAUUCAGCUCCUUUGUGUUCUGGAGAAACCCGCUGCCUAACAUCGACCAGGAGCUCCAGGAGCUGCUGAUGGACGGAGGUGAGGAGGAGGAAGAGAAUGGAUUUGAAGAGAGCAAAGAGGACAGUGAUGACGACGGGGGUGGGUGGAUAACCCCCAGCAACAUCAAGCAGAUCCAGCAGGAGCUGGAGCAGUGUGACGACCCCAAGGACGUGCGAGUUGGCUGUGUGACCACAGACUUCGCCAUGCAGAACGUUCUGCUGCAGAUGGGACUGCACGUGCUGGCGGUGAACGGCAUGCUGAUCCGCGAGGCCCGGAGCUACAUCUUGCGCUGCCACGGCUGUUUCAGGACAACGUCUGACAUGAACCGAGUGUUCUGUGCCCACUGCGGGAACAAGACCCUGAAGAAAGUGUCCGUGACCGUCAGUGACGACGGCACCCUGCACAUGCACUUCUCACGCAACCCCAAGGUGCUGAACCCCCGAGGCCUGCGGUACUCACUCCCCAUGCCCAAGGGAGGCAAGUACGCCAUCAACCCCCACCUGACCGAGGACCAGCGCUUCCCCCAGCUGCGACUGUCCCGCAAGGCCCGGCAGAAGACCGACGUGUUCGCCCCCGACUACGUGGCCGGGGUGUCUCCCUUCGCCGAGAACGACAUCUGCAGCCGCUCAGCCGCCCUGCAGCUCCGGGACAGCGCCCUGGGAGGAGGGAGGAGGCGCUUAAAUCCCAACGCUUCCAGAAAGAAGUUCGUGAAGAAGCGGUGACGCGCAUCCCCCCCACCCCCCAUGCUCACCCCGGCUGCGGGGUGAGGUGGCCUGGUGACUGCUCUCCCCGGCCGAGGAACUGUCGCGUGGCCCGAGGGCCCCGGCCGUGUGCUGGAGGCUUGGUGCCCGGGAAGAAGGCGCGGCUGAGGGUGACAUCUCACAGCCGUGGAUGCGGGCUUCUGUGUGCUGUGGUUAAAUAGACCAUAUUUUUGUUGCUUGGCUAAUAUGCAAGGUUUGUAUUCAGUGAUGAAAUGUUUAUAUUUAUCUUGUCAAAAAAUGUUCACAUAAAACUAGGAACUGAAA